AACAAAGUCUCGCUCUUUGUCGAGUGUCGUCUGCAAUCAACUCUGCAUCUUAUAUCUUACUUUUCAUUUCUCUCUACAACAAAGCUCUACAGCAAAUUCACUAUGGGUGGUUCUAACCGAGAAGGCGGCAAGGCCAAGCCCUUGAAGGCCCCGAAGAAGCAGAACAAGGAUCUUGACGAUGAUGACUUGGCUUACCUCGAGAAGAAGAAGGCCGAUGAGAAGGCGCGCAAGGAGAUGGCCGCCAAGGCCGGCGGCAAGGGACCUCUGAAUACCGGCGCCCAGGGCAUCAAGAAGAGCGGCAAGAAAUAGACGAAAGACGACGAAGCGAUGCGCUAUUGGGAACAUGACACAAGACUACUGCUUCUUGUAGGCGAUAAUAGGGAAAGCCAGGGCGGUUGAUUUCGGUGGCGACGUCUGUUGGAUCAGGCUGAAAGGCUACAUCUGCUCUUUGGGACAAGGUCUGUAGACUGCACGGCGAAUAUCACUAGGCGUUAGGAAAUAUAUCUUUUUACUUGU